CCCUCACCACUAGUCUAGAUCACACUUCCAAUCAAAAUUCAAAUGUGACAUUCUCCUAAACAACAUGUGUGAAUCCUUUAAUGGGCACAUUCUUGAGGCUAGGACUAAAGGAAUUGUCACCAUGAAUGAGAUGAUUAGAACCCAACUAAUGAUAACAAUUCAAAAAGAAGGGAUUCCAUGGAGAGAAUCAUAGGAAACCACUGCCCUUGGAUAAUCAAGAAACUAGAGAAAUCUAAGCAAUUAAGUUUCCCGCAUACAACAACAUGGUUUCAGGUGUCUCAAUACCAAAUUUCAGGACCUGAUGGACAGUAUGUAGUUGAUAAGGACAUAAGUACUUGCAGCUGUAGAAGGUGGCAAUUAACUGGUGUGCCUUGUCCUCAUGCAAUUUCAGCAAUAUACUAUAAUAAUGGCAGUCCUAAAAACUACUUGGACGAGUGCUAUUAAGUGAGGACCUACCUGAACACCUACAGACAUACCUUGAACCCCACCAAUGGUAGGGAUCAUUGGCCCAAGAGUGAUCAGGGGCCAAUGAUACCACCAGAACCAGUCAACAAGAAAUUGAGCAGGAAAACCAUGAUCAGGAGAAGGGAAGCGGAUGAAGAAAGUAGAGGGUACACUAAUGGCAAAGUUUGCAAGAAAGGAGUUACAAUGAAAUGCAGUGUUUGUGGCAUUGCCGGACAUAACAAAAGAUACCAUGGGCAGGGGAGAAAUUCAAAUGUGGGUGGGCAGCAUAGUGGACAACAGAGUGAAGCAGGGCUGCAGAAUCCCAUGGACAACAUAGACCCCCAGGUUCUGGAGAAGCAUUUCACAUUGUUGGACUCAUUGGCCAUGGGUCAUGACCAUGUCCCAGCAACCUCACAACAACAAAUAUCUAAAGAAGCCAUGUCACAGAUAAUAAAUGCAUCAUGUGAAGGAAACUCUAGCCAAACAAUUCAUGCAGCUAAUACUAGGAGACAGAAGUUUGAUACAAUAGGAGGCAAAAGCAAGACACCAGAUCCUACAAAUAUUGCUCCACACAUGACACUAUCAAUCAAGGGAGGGAAAAAAAUAGGUCCAACUGAUGAAAGACCACCAGUGAUUAAGGUUCAGUCAAGAGAUAAAGAGGAUAUUCAGAGGAACAAAGAUGUUGAUGCUCCAAAGAAAAGGAAAAUCUGGGUCCCUCCAAGAGUUACAAAUACUGGGAGUGGCACUGGCAAUGCUAGAGGGCCAGCUUGA